UGACCCCCCCCCCCCCUCCCCUUACAACCCCACCCCUAUUUUGUGAAGUGAUGAAGAUGGCAGCAGCAGUGCCACAGGUGUAGCGCAGGUCUGAGUGGCUCCUGCAGGUGUGGCUGGUGGGGUGGCGGGACCCUCUAUGCUGCUCCAGCCAUGGACCCCCUGCAGGAGGAGAGUGAGCGGCCGGGGCGGAGCAGCAGGGCGGGUCGCAGCAGCAAGGCAGGGCAGGGGCGGAGUGGUGUCCUUAUGGUGGGGCCCAACUUCCGAGUUGGGAAGAAGAUUGGCUGUGGAAACUUUGGCGAGCUGAAACUGGGUAAAAAUCUUUACACCAACGAAUAUGUAGCCAUCAAACUGGAGCCAGUGAAGUCCAGGACACCCCAGCUACAUCUGGAGUAUCGCUUCUAUAAAACCUUGGGAAGCACAGGUACAGUGGAGGGCCUGCCACAGGUCUUUUACUUUGGUCCAUGUGGAAAGCAUAAUGCCCUGGUGUUGGAGCUGUUAGGCCCCAGUCUGGAGGACCUGUUUGACCUGUGCGAGCGCAGCUUCUCUCUGAAGACUGUCCUGAUGAUCGCCAUUCAGCUGAUCUCUCGGAUGGAGUAUGUUCACUCCAGGAACCUAAUCUACAGGGACGUGAAGCCUGAGAACUUUCUGAUUGGUCUCCAAGGAAACAAAAAGGAGCACAUCAUUCAUAUCAUCGACUUUGGCCUUGCCAAGGAAUACAUCGAUCCUGAAACCAAAAAACACAUCCCCUACCGUGAGCAUAAGAGCCUCACAGGGACCGCUCGCUACAUGUCCGUUAACACUCACCUGGGAAAAGAGCAGAGUCGGCGAGAUGACCUAGAAGCAUUAGGACACAUGUUCAUGUACUUCCUGCGGGGGAGUCUCCCUUGGCAGGGGCUAAAGGCCGACACCCUGAAAGAGCGAUACCAGAAGAUAGGAGAGACUAAACGCAACACUCCGAUUGAGGUCCUCUGUGAAAACUUUCCAGAGGAAAUGGCCACGUAUCUUCGCUAUGUGAGACGACUGGAUUUCUUUGAGAAGCCAGAUUACGAGUACCUGAGGAGGCUCUUCACCGAGCUGUUUGAACGGAAGGGAUACACCUUUGACCACACCUACGACUGGGUCGGCCGACAGAUUCCUUCACCAAUAGGGACCGUCCAUGUGGAUUUGGGGGCGUCAGCUGCCGUGCGAGAGAGCCACACCCCUAUAGACCGGCCAGCCCAACACCAGCCACAGCAGACCCAGGCACUCAGUCUGACCAAUGGGAAGCUGAAUGCUGAGGAACCACAGCCAGCCCACACUAAUCCACCAAUCACAGCGCAGAUGGAAGCAGAAGUGGUUGAGGAGGCAAAGUACUGCUGCUUCUUCAGGCGGAAACAGAAGAGUUCCCCGCGACACAAGUGACCCCUCAGUUCCUCUGUCUCCCUUCCUGAUGAGGAGCCACCUGCAGGAGUGGCGGUGCCCACACAGGCAGUGCACACAGUAGAGAAGAGAUGGCACCAGGAUGGUGUCUGGCCCUGUGCUGGCCACCCUGCAGUUGCCCUUGUCUUUGUGAUUUUUUUUUAGUUUCUUCCUGGUUGGCUGGAAGCUGUGAGAUCUUCCUCUGCUGCCCCCCCCACGUGCCCUUC